GCGCGGGGCCCGCGGCGGCGACAUGGCCGCCGCCAGCACGGAGCCGCCGAGGCUGAAGCAGCUGCUGGAGCGGGACCCUUACCUGGCGCCCUUCCGGACCGACUUCCAGCGCAGUUGUAUUUCCUAAAAUCAUCAAAUGGUUUGGGCUGGAAAAGACCUUAAAAAUCUUACAGUUCCAACUCCACUGCCAUGCACAGGGAUGCCUUCCAGUGCAGGUAUUCUCUGUUUUAUAACCACUUGAAGAACAUUGAGGAAAGUGAAGGCGGUCUUGAUAAAUUUACCAAAAGUUACAAAACCUUCGGAGUUAACCAACUUGCAGAUGGUGGAAUAUACUGCAAAGAGUGGGCACCAGGAGCAGAAGCAGUGUUUCUAGCAGGUGACUUCAAUGGCUGGAAUCCAUCUUCUCAUCCAUAUAAGAAGUUGGAAUAUGGGAAGUGGGAGUUGUUCAUUCCACCUGAAGAUGGCCAUUCUCCUGUGCCCCAUGGGUCAAAGCUAAAGGUGGUGAUUCGUGCUCAGAACGGUGCCCUCCUUUAUCGUAUUUCACCCUGGGCAAGAUAUGUGGUCCGUGAGGAAGACAAAGUGAAUUAUGAUUGGGUUCACUGGAAUCCACCACAGUCAUAUAUACAUAAGAAUCCUUCUCCCAAGAGAUUAAAAAGCCUAAGAAUCUAUGAAUCUCAUGUGGGAAUUGCUUCCCCAGAAGGCAAAGUAGCUUCUUAUAAAAACUUCACAUAUAAUGUACUACCUAGAAUAAAGGAUCUUGGCUAUAACUGUGUCCAGCUGAUGGCCAUUAUGGAACAUGCAUACUAUGCCAGUUUUGGUUAUCAGGUCACGAGUUUCUUCGCAGCAUCAAGCCGGUAUGGAACUCCUGACGACCUGAAGGAAAUGAUUGAUGUUGCUCACUCCAUGGGCAUCACAGUCCUGCUUGAUGUGGUGCACAGCCACGCCUCAAAAAAUUCCGAAGAUGGUCUCAACCAGUUUGAUGGUACAGAUUCUUGUUUCUUCCAUUCUGGAUAUAGAGGCAAUCACCAGCUCUGGGACAGCAGGCUCUUUGACUAUGCAAACUGGGAAGUCCUGAGAUUCCUUCUGUCCAAUUUGAGGAUGUGGAUUGAAGACUAUCGCUUUGAUGGAUUCCGGUUUGAUGGCGUUACGUCUAUGUUGUAUCACCACCACGGCAUUGGCACAGGGUUCAGUGGAGAUUACAAUGAGUAUUUUGGCCUACAUGUGGAUGAAGAUGCUUUGUGUUACCUGAUGCUGGCCAAUCACAUGAUUAAUACCUUGCACCCAGAAUGCAUAACCAUAGCAGAGGAUGUUUCUGGAAUGCCAGCUCUCUGUCGACCUGUGGCAGAGGGAGGAGGGGGCUUUGAUUAUCGACUUGCCAUGGCCAUCCCAGAUAAGUGGAUACAGAUAAUUAAGGAGCUGAAAGAUGAAGACUGGAAUAUGGGCAAUAUUGUGCAUACAUUGACAAACAGACGGUGUGAAGAAAAAUACAUUGCUUAUGCAGAGAGCCAUGACCAGGCACUGGUGGGUGAUAAGACCCUGGCCUUUCGGCUGAUGGAUGCAGAGAUGUACACAAACAUGAGUGUGCUCAUGCCUCUGACGCCAGUUAUUGAUCGUGGGAUACAGCUUCAUAAAAUGAUUCGUCUCAUUACUCAUGCACUCGGAGGAGAGAGCUAUCUGAACUUCAUGGGUAAUGAAUUUGGACAUCCAGAAUGGCUUGACUUUCCCAGAAUAGGGAAUAAUGAGAGCUACCACUAUGCCAGAAGACAGUUUAAUCUUACUGAGGAUGAUCUUCUUCGCUAUAAAUUCCUAAAUGCCUUUGAUAGAGAUAUGAAUAAAUUGGAAGAAAGAUUUGGCUGGCUUGCAUCUCCCCAGGCCUAUGUGAGUGAAAAGCAUGAAGCCAAUAAGGUCAUAGCAUUUGAGAGAGCAGGUCUUAUUUUUAUUUUCAACUUCCAUCCAUAUCAAAGUUAUGUGGACUACAGAGUGGGUAUUGAAACUCCAGGAAAGUAUAAAAUCCUUCUGGAUUCUGAUGCUGGAGAAUAUGGAGGGCAUCAAAGGCUGGACCACAAUACAGAGUACUUCUCUGAGGAAUAUCCUCACAAUUACCGACCUAAUUCAAUUAUGAGCAGUUCCAGCCAACCCCCCAGAGGAUGCCACUUGCGCCAAAUAAAGCUUCAUUUCUGUUUGCAACUCCACUCUGGUAUUCUUACACUAGACUUUUUGGAGAAGUGUUCUGGAUAUUCACAGGAAAAAAAGAAGUAUAAGGAGUGUACAUUCCAAGCAGAGUUGCUCUUGUGCUUCACACCACGGACAUCCCAAAGUGAAGUUCUCUGUAACCACCACCGAAGAAGCAAGUCACAAAGAAGUGCUGAUGCACUGUACUAGUACUAAGUAUAACAAAACUUGCUCUAAGGAGGCUUUCUGAGGCUGAGUAUAGUAAUAUUAGGUGUUUAAAAUGUAAGAUUAAUAUUCACAUGUAAUUGCAGAGCUCUUGACUUGCUAGACCCUCUUUUGAGGAAGCUUUACAAAGAGGCAGAAAGGAAAAUGUUGGGUUUGUAGUUCGAGUAGUACAAAAUUACACUUAAGGUGUUGCAAAGCAGCAGGUAUUCUCAAUUAAAUUGCUGUUUACAGAAUUUUAUCAGGAAUGAUAAGAGUGAUCCUGCUCCAAAGUUUGUAAUUUCUUAUAAUCCUCAUUUUGAUAGUGAAUUCAAAUAUUCAUUAUGUGUUAAUGCUUCUUACUAAAAGUAAGUAGUUUGCUUAAAUAAAACAGAAGUUUUUGGCUAAAAGGCAGCCUUAACAGUUUGUGGGACCUAAUUUGAGGCUCCUCUUCUUCAAUGAAGUCUAACAUGGAAUUAGAAAUGCUUAUCCAAAUGGAUGAGAAGGUCCUCUGAGAGUCUUGUACUUUGCCAUGUUUUAUUUAAUUACAAAUGCACAAAAAUGCUGGGCAGCAAAACAAGCAGGCCAAUUGAGUGGGGGCCUGCCGAUGCUGUUGUGUGUGCUGGUUAUCUGCUCCCACCCAAAUCACCUAGUCUGAGCAUCUCACUUGCUAGAGAUUGACAAGAAUGACACAACUAUUUUAUUUAGGUCACUAAAAUGUUCAGUGAGAAGCAUGUUUUGGUCUUAAUGCAACAAUACCACACUGGAAGAGAUACUUCAAGUGUAGUUCUUCCCGCUGCAUAUAUUUCACUAACAUCAGGACCUUGCAAUACUGAUUUCACUACUUCCAGAAGCUGCCUUUCAGCUUGGAACAUGAUGAUGUUCUUGCACUUUUAUAACUUUUGAAACAUUGCUUCUUGUGAAGAAGCAGUCUCAAAAUUCAGUGAUCAAACUAUGGUGGUUCUUUUUGAUUAAAAUUAAAAUAGUUAAUUAUUGGAGUGCUGCUAAGAUAAUUCAAGUGAGUUUAUUCACAAGCUACAUCUUUUUUUUGUAAAGAGUAAGAUUUUGUAUAUUUGAAAAUGUAUUGCAGAGUAUUCUGGAAAAUUAAUACCAAAUUAACGAGACAUGGUUUAUUUUGUUCCAUUUAUUUAAAAACAUAUUUGAAUUGGUUCUGAAAUGAAUGUCUUUUGUACCAAUCUGAAUUUUCUAACUUAUAAAGUAGCCAAAGAGGAAGAUGUCCGUGACCAUUUCCAAGUCAUAAUUUUACCCAGUUUCCUUUGUGAACCAUUGUGUAAACUACUGAAUAGUUGGUGCCAACACUGACAAUCUAUUGACAGUUCUUGGAAUGCUUACUUGUGGCUUACUUCUUAAGCAAAAUAAGGGAUGGAAUAAUGCAGCAUGAUGGAAAACAGUCUUUUUCAGAGUUCACACUGAAAGGGCUUUGUGAACAUCCCCAGUCUGAUAUGUUCUGUGUGGCAGAGAAUGUUAUAUUGCAGUUGAUUACCAUAGGAUCAUGCUUCGUUUUCCUCUACACUAGUUUGAUCAUUGUUUGAUUGUGGGCUAAUAAAAGCAUUCCUGUUACGCUAUGACUUUAAAUAAAAUAUACUGAACUGUUUUAGCAACUGGAACUGAUUAUCUUUUUUUUUCCCCCCCAGAUUGUUUUCCUUGUAAUGAAAUAAUGAGCAACUUCUAAUACAUGUUAUAUUUACAUUGUAUUGAUCUAAAAUAUUUUAUAGGGUGUGGUUUUUUUUUUUAAUUUUAUUUUACUGGCACAAGUUCCAGGUUUCAAAAUGUAAUGGCAAGCGUCUGUGUCAAACCUUUUUUCAAGAGAAGGAAUAAAUGUAUGAUGUGAAGUAUAAACUGUAAAAUCACAUGAAAAAUAAACUCUGAGGAGGAGAAAACAAA